AUGAAGAUCGGGAAUUUGCACUAUCGCCGAGGUGUGAUAACUUACAGCUUAUCGCCUUAUGAGCAAAAUGCUUUUGCUGGAUUCUUCAAACAUGGAUUCCCGAACUUGAUGCGACGUUUCCGAGAGAAGGUGUGGAUCGUAGCUCCACGAUCUGAACCAAGUAAAGCAAUGUCUGUGGGCGAACGUCCGUAG